AUGUUCGCACCUGUGAAUUCUGGCAGAAGUUGUAUAGAUGCAAAAUCAUAUUUCGCAGUUUCUGAGGAUGAGAGCAACGAGCAAAAUGAGGAAAGUGAAGAUGACUUCUUCCACGUGGAGAAUCUGGAAGUUCAACAGGAUCAACAGAAUAAUAAGAAUCGACUAGUGAGUGUGGUACAAUCUGAUGUGUCACAAGCAGUGACAUGCCCAAAAGUAGCCAAUGGAAAUUGUGAAGAAGGAUGGAAGAAUUUCACUCGACCAUCUGGAGAGUGGUGUAUGAAGAUUUUUUACGAGAACUCUGUAACCCAACCGGCUGCAAAAGAACGAUGUAAGGCACAGGGAGCACUUCUUUCAGGUCUUCAGAAUCAGAUGGAAUCUCAGUUUGUUUUUUCCACUGUCACCGCGCACAUCUACCCCGAGACCGGAAGUAUUUGGGUGGGAUUGGAGAGACGUGCGGAGUGCCGUGACGUUCAAUGGAGUUGGAAUUGUACACAAACGACAUCAUUCGAAUGGACUGACAAGUCGGCCACUGGAACCGAUGGACUCGCAUGGGCUUGUAAUCAACCGGACAACUCGAGAAAUCGCACCCAACAAUGUGCCACUCUGACCGCUUCAUAUCAGGGAAGUGUCUUGGGAUUCCAAACUGGACAACUGGACGAUGUUGGAUGUGACUUCGAUUAUAUUAAGAUGAACAAAAAAGCCAGAGAUAUCAAGGCAUACGUUUGUGGAAAGAAACCGAAGGCUUAA